CCCCGCCGGCGCGCGGGUGUUCGGGACUUGACGGAGCGUCCUGGACUGACUGAGGGUGGGAGUGCGGCUGGCCCGACGGCGGGAGACGGCACCGCGGAACCAUGGUGCUCAGUAGCCUGGAGAAGAUGAUUCAGCUGCAGAAGAACACUGCCAACAUCAGGAACAUCUGUGUGUUGGCGCACGUUGACCACGGAAAAACUACUCUGGCUGACUGCCUUAUAUCCAGCAAUGGAAUCAUCUCAAGCCGCCUGGCUGGAAAGCUACGGUACAUGGACAGCAGGGAAGAUGAACAGAUCCGCGGGAUCACUAUGAAAUCCAGUGCCAUUUCACUACAUUAUACGGAAGGUGAGGGCGAGUACCUGAUUAAUCUGAUCGACUCUCCCGGACACGUGGACUUCUCCUCCGAGGUGUCGACAGCCGUGCGCAUCUGUGACGGGUGCAUCAUCGUGGUGGAUGCCGUGGAGGGAGUCUGUCCGCAGACCCAGGCAGUUCUGCGACAAGCCUGGCUUGAAAACAUCCGUCCUGUUUUGGUGAUUAAUAAGAUAGAUCGCUUGAUAGUGGAGCUGAAGUUCACCCCACUGGAGGCCUAUUCUCACCUAAAGAAUAUUUUGGAGCAGAUUAAUGCACUCACAGGAACUCUUUUUACUUCUAAAGUCCUAGAAGAAAGAGCAGAGAGAGAGACUGAAUCCCAGGUGAAUCCCAACUCUGAGCAAGGCGAGCAGGUGUAUGACUGGAGCACUGGCUUGGAGGACACGGAUGACUCUCACCUUUACUUCUCUCCAGAACAGGGAAAUGUGGUGUUUACCAGCGCAAUAGACGGGUGGGGCUUUGGAAUCGAGCACUUUGCCAAAAUAUACAGUCAAAAAAUUGGCAUCAAAAAGGAGGUUCUUUUGAAAACCUUAUGGGGAAAUUAUUAUAUAAACAUGAAGGCUAAGAAGAUUAUGAAGGUGGAUCAGGCCAAAGGGAAGAAACCUUUAUUCGUACAGUUGAUCCUGGAAAAUAUAUGGAGCUUGUAUGAUGCUGUCUUGAAAAAAGACAAAGAAAAAAUUGAUAAAAUAGUGACUUCUUUGGGAUUAAAAAUUGGAGCACGGGAGGCACGCCAUUCAGACCCUAAAGUUCAGAUCAAUGCCAUCUGCAGUCAGUGGCUCCCCAUAUCUCAGGCUGUCCUUGCUAUGGUGUGUCAGAAGCUUCCCAGUCCCCUUGACAUCACAGCCGAGAGAGUGGAGAAGCUGAUGUGCACAGGAUCGCAGACGUUCGACUCCCUUCCGUUGGAAACGCAAGCUCUGAAAGCAGCUUUUAUGAAAUGUGGAAGUGAGGACACCGCCCCAGUUAUUAUCUUUGUUUCCAAAAUGUUUGCAGUUGAUGCCAAGGCCUUGCCUCAGAACAAACCAAGGCCUCUCACUCAAGAAGAGAUUGCUCAGCGGCGCGCGCGUGCAAGACAAAGGCAUGCAGAGAAGCUCGCAGCAGCGCAGGGGCAGGCCCCCUUGGAGCCCACCCAAGAUGGGAGCGUCCUCGAAACAAGCCCCAGGGGAGAUGAGCCAGCAGGUGAUGAGCAACAGGUGGAAAGUAUGACCCCAACACCUGGGCCCCAAGAAGAAAACAACCAAGAGUCUUUCAUUGCAUUUGCUCGAGUGUUCAGUGGGGUAGCUCGAAGAGGAAAGAAAAUUUUUGUCCUGGGGCCCAAAUACAGUCCUGUUGAGUUUUUGCAACGGGUGCCAUCGGGCUUCUCGACUCCAGCAGAUGACCUUCCCCCGGUCCCCCACCUGGCGUGCUGUACCCUGGAAAACCUGUACCUCCUGAUGGGAAGGGAACUGGAAGAUCUAGAGGAAGUACCUCCAGGAAACGUGCUAGGGAUAGGAGGCCUCCAAGACUUUGUGCUGAAAUCCGCAACGCUGUGCAGCCUGCCUUCCUGCCCACCCUUCAUCCCCCUCAACUUCGAAGCCACGCCUAUCGUGAGAGUUGCCGUGGAGCCGAAACACCCAAGUGAAAUGCCUCAGCUCGUGAAGGGGAUGAAGCUGUUAAACCAAGCUGAUCCCUGUGUCCAGAUUUUAAUCCAGGAAACCGGAGAGCACGUUUUAGUCACCGCGGGGGAAGUCCACCUUCAGCGAUGCCUGGAUGACUUAAAAGAAAGGUUUGCCAAGAUUCAGAUCAGCGUCUCUGAACCCAUUAUUCCAUUCAGAGAGACAAUCACAAAACCCCCCAAAGUUGACAUGGUCAAUGAAGAAAUAGGCAAACAACAAAAAGUUGCAGUCAUACACCAAGCCAAAGAAGACCAGAGCAAAGUCCCGGAAGGAGUCCAAGUGGAUGCUGACGGGCUGGUCACCAUGACAACCCCCAACAAACUCGCCACUCUCAGUGUUCGAGCCAUGCCCCUUCCGGAAGAAGUCACUCAGGUUCUGGAAGAAAACAGUGAUUUGAUUCGUUCCAUGGAGCAGCUGACGUGCUCUUUGAAUGAGGGCAAAGACGGCCAGGCGGUUCAUCAGAAAGUCCAGGAGAGAAUUCGGGAAUUCAAAAGCAAACUGGAGGAGCACUUAACAGGCCGGAGAUGGAGGAACAGUGUUGACCAAAUCUGGUCAUUUGGCCCGAGAAAAUGUGGGCCCAACAUCCUGGUCAGUAAAAGCGAAGACUUCCAGAACUCGGUGUGGGCAGGCGCCACCGGCAGAGCCUCGAAGGACGCCAGCAGGCACCGAGACUGGGGCAACAGCAUCGUGAGCGGCUUCCAGUUAGCGACCCUCUCGGGCCCCAUGUGUGAGGAGCCCCUCAUGGGGGUCUGUUUCGUUCUGGAAAAAUGGGACCUAAGUAACCUUGAGGAACCAGGAGCAGGUGACAAGCAGAAUCAGGAACAAGGCGGUCCGGUGGAAGCUGGACCCCGUUCCAGUGCAGGUGAGAACCAGGCGCCGCAAGAGGAAUGCUCUGAGCCGGGCGAGAAGAGGACUUCCCAGAGAGGAGACUCUUCGCUUGUGGACUGCUACGGGCCCUUCUCAGGACAACUGAUCGCCACCAUGAAGGAAGCGUGCCGCUACGCCCUGCAGGUGAAGCCUCAGCGUCUGAUGGCCGCCAUGUACACCUGUGACAUCAUGGCCACCGGGGACGUUCUCGGCCGCGUCUAUGCUGUCUUGUCGAAGCGAGAAGGUCGAGUGCUUCAAGAAGAAAUGAAGGAAGGGACAGACAUGUUCAUCAUCAAGGCCGUGCUGCCCGUGGCCGAGAGCUUUGGUUUCGCCGAUGAAAUCAGGAAGAGGACCAGCGGCCUGGCCAGCCCGCAGCUGGUGUUCAGCCACUGGGAGAUCAUUCCCAGCGACCCCUUCUGGGUGCCGACCACCGAGGAGGAGUACUUGCACUUCGGGGAGAAGGCUGACUCCGAGAACCAGGCCCGGAAGUACAUGAACGCCGUGCGGAAGCGGAAGGGCCUUCACGUGGAGGAGAAGAUUGUGGAGCACGCCGAGAAGCAGAGGACGCUCAGCAAGAACAAGUAGCCCCCCUCCCGCCCCCCCAGCCAGCGCCUUCCUCGUAAGGACUUGGAGUCAGUGUCGCCGAGGGGUCGGUCUCGGGAAGGUUUCUCUUUCAGUAAAGUGGAUCCCUAUAAAUAUUUUAAAGAAGAUGUCA